CAAAUGAGUGUAAUGAAUUCAGAAUUUAGGAAUGACAAUGACUUCAUUAAGGAUGCAAUGGAACAACCAGUAGUAACAAUUGAUGAGACUCCUAAGAAGGCACCUAAGAGGAUUGCUAAGAAGCCAGUUUCAAAGGAAAAGUCAGUAAAGAUAUCACCUACAAGGAGAUCACCAAGGUUGCAUGCUCAAUCAAAGAAUGAAAACUCAAAUGGAGGAGCAUCUAGGAAGUUGUUGUUCAUGGAUCUGUUAAAUGAAGUGGAAUCUCAGGGUUUUUCUUGCCUAAGUCAAGCCACUGUUGUUGGUUCUAGCAGUACACCAGUUGAUAGCUUUAAUCAUGAUUACUGGGUUGAUGAAGUAAACAACACUGCUGCAGGGGAUAACACUGAUGCAGGGGAUAAGACUGAUGCAGGGGAUAAGGCUAAUGCAGGGGAUAAGACUGAUACAGGGGAUAAGACUGAUGCAGGGGAUAAGGCUAAUGCAGGGGAUAAGACUGAUACAGGGGAUAAGACUGAUGCAGGGGACAAUAGUGAUGGUGAUGAUGAGGACAAUGUGGUGCUAGAGAACACUACUGUAGAUGAAUGUCACCCCAUUGAAGACCCAAAUGCUCCACCAAUCUUUGACAGUGAUGAAGAAAAUGAUAUUGAUUAUGAAGAUAUUGUCAAGACAUACAAAGUUGGAGAUGAAAGCAGUGAUUCAAGCAGUAGUGAAGAAGACAAUGAAGAAGUUUCUAAUGAUGACAAGAAUAAUGAUAAGGAUAAUGAUGGUCCUGAAGUAAAUGAUGAUAAAUAUUCCAAGCCAAAGCUUGAUUACCAGAAGUGGAAAGAAAUGUUCAAUAUGCACAGUGAUGAAGAAGAAGAACCAUUAUUCCCUGUAGAAGAAGAGGUGACUCCUGUUGAUCCUACUAAGAUGGAGGUAAAGUAUGCUUUUAAUAACAAGAGUGCUUAUAAGAAACAUCUUAGGGGUUACUGUGUAAAACAUAAUUAUCAGUAUACGGUCUAUAAGAGUGACAAAACAAGAUUAAGAGUGAGAUGUAGGUUUAGGGAAGAGUAUGGCUGUAACUGGUUUGUAAAUGCUAGCAUAAAAAGGCAUGAGCCUACUUUUAUUGUUAGGAAGGUUAAUCUAGAACACACUUGUGUUGCGGAUCCAAAGAGUUUUAACAGAUCCACGGAUCCUGAGUUCGUAAAAGAUGUGGCUAGAAAUCUUCUUUUAGAAGAUCUGUUUGGUAAUUAUGAAGACAGCUACAAGGAUGUACCCAUCUUUUGUGCAAUGGUGGCUCAUACUAAUCCAGGGUCUGUUGCUAAAUACACUUAUGGGAAAAGAGAUAAGACAUUCAUGAGCAUGACUAUUUCAUUUGCUGCACCAAUGAGAGGAUUUCAGAAAGCUUGCAGGGGAGUCAUAGGUUUAGAUGCAUGCCAUCUAACUGGAAAGCGUGGUGGUGUUCUAAUGGCUGCAACAGCAAUUGAUGGUCAGAAUUCUCUGGUGCCUUUAGGCAUUAAGGUGGCUAAGAGUGAAACCAAGGAGAGCUGGACUGGGUUCCUCAAGGAUUUGGCUCCAGCAAUCAAUGCACAUCAUGCUGGCAGAAUUACCUUUAUUUCUGAUAGGCAAAAAGGGUUGUUGGAAUCUGUUCCAAAGGUUUUCCCUGGUGCAAGAGUUAGAUAUUGCUUCAGGCACUUGUACAAGAACUUCAAGAAGUACCACAAGGCACCAACCUUGCACAACUUAUUGUGGAAUGCAUGCAAAGCUUACAAAGUGAGGCAUUUUCAGGAGCACUUUGACAACAUAUGCAAAGAAAGUCCGGCUGCUGGUGAAUAUCUUAGGAAAGAAGAUCCAAGUACUUGGUCUAGGGCUUAUUUUGAUCCCAUUAGCUGUUGUGAGCAUAUGAAUAACAAUUUCUCAGAAUCAUUUAAUUCUAUGAGUUCUAAUAUGAGAGAUAAACCAAUAAUCCAACUAGGCAUGAUGUAUGGUCAGUUAGUAAUGGGUUUGUUAUUUAAGAGAAGGGAAGAAUCUGCUAAGUGGAAUCAAAAUGAUUUGGUCCCUGCUGCUGUUAAGUUGAUAAAUAAGAUGCUUGACUUGGUUGGGAAGUUUGAUACAGAAGGAAGUGUGGUUGGACAGGUUUAUUUGGUAACUAAUGUGUCUACCAAGAAAAUUUUCACAGUGAACAUUGUAGACAAACAAUGCACUUGUUUGCAAUGGCAGCUAAGGGGAUUCCCUUGUCAACAUGCUGUAUGUGCAUUGAAACUGCUCAGGCCAAACUGGAAAGAUUAUUGUGCUCCUUACUACUCUGUGGAAUAUUAUAGGACCAUAUAUGCAGAUGCUGUAAAUCCACUAGAAGACAUAAGUGAAUGGAACUGGGAAGAUAAGGCAUCCAUGGACAUCAACUUAAAGCCUCCUCCUUAUCAAAGAAAAACUGGAAGACCAGCAAAGAAGAGGAAGAGGAGCUAUGAUGAACCUGAAACUGUGGUGAAGAAAAGGAAAUGUGGAAAGUGUGGAUCUACUGCUGGUCAUAAUAAGAGAACCUGUGCUGGUGGUGAUGUUGGUAAAAACCCAACUGGAUUCAUGCCAAGCACCGAGUAUGAUGCUGCAAACUGCACCUUCACUAGUAGAGAUCAUCCUGAAAGUAGCAGUGCAAGGGGUAAAGCAAAGGUGAACAAAUCCAGAGGUACAUCUUCAUUUGUUGGUGAGUCAACAGGACCUAAAAACUUUGGAAGAGCACCAACAGAACCUAGCACCCAUGGAUCUACACAAGAUGUUAACUGA